AGAGGAACUUCCCCUCGAGCUGUCGCCUGACCUUCAUUGUCACUGAACUCUCAGGAAUCCGGAGGGCCAGACUGGUCGCGCUUCCACUGGGCUGCGUCCAGAGUUCCGGCGGCAGCUGCGGCGGUGGCGGAGACUCCCUUUGUCCUCUCAGGACCUCCCUCCUUCCCCUCUCCCUCCUCUGCCAGUUCGUGGUUCCAGCUGCCGAAGCUGCCUGCGCCCAGCGGCUCGCCGGGGUCCCCCAGCUCAGGGCGCUUCCGCCCCGAGCUGAGCCGAGGGGCCCGAGCGGAGGGAGUGGCAGGACCCGGCCGCACGAUGGUGGCGCGGCGGUCCCGGGCCCGCAGCCCCUGGCGCUGGCUGCUCCCUGGGCUGUGGCUCCUAGUGCUCGGCGGUCCCGGGGGGCUGCUGGGCGCCCAGGAGCAGCCCUCCUGCAGAAGAGCCUUCGACCUCUACUUCGUCUUGGACAAGUCUGGGAGUGUGGCAAAUAACUGGAUUGAAAUUUACGAUUUUGUCCAGCAACUUGCAGAGAGAUUUGUGAGCCCUGAAAUGAGAUUAUCCUUCAUUGUGUUUUCUUCUCAAGCCAGCAUUAUUUUGCCAUUAACUGGAGACAGAGGCAAGAUCAGUAAAGGCUUGGAAGACUUAAAACGUGUUAGUCCAGUAGGAGAGACUUACAUCCAUGAAGGACUGAAGCUAGCGAAUGAACAAAUUCAGAAAGCAGGAGGCUUAAAAACCUCCAGUAUCAUAAUUGCACUGACAGAUGGUAAGUUGGACGGUCUGGUGCCAUCAUAUGCAGAGAAAGAGGCAAAGCUUUCCAGGUCACUCGGGGCCAGUGUUUACUGUGUUGGUGUUCUUGAUUUUGAGCAAGCCCAGCUGGAAAGAAUUGCUGAUUCCAAGGAACAAGUUUUCCCUGUCAAAGGUGGAUUUCAAGCUCUUAAAGGAAUAAUUAAUUCUAUACUAGCUCAGUCGUGUACCGAAAUCCUGGAAUUGCGGCCCUCGAGUGUCUGUGUGGGGGAGGAAUUUCAAAUUGUUUUGAAUGGAAGGGGAUUCACGUUGGGAAGUCGGAAUGGCACAGCCCUCUGCACCUACACUGUAAAUGGGACAUAUUCAAAGAGUGUGAAACCCGUCAGCGUGCAGCUUAACUCUAUGCUUUGUCCUGCACCCAUCCUGCAUAAAGCCGGAGAAACUCUUGAUGUGUCGGUGAGCUUUAAUGGAGGAAAAUCUGUCAUUUCAAGCUCAUUAAUUAUCACAGCUACAGAAUGUUCUAACGGGAUAGCGGCCAUUAUCGUGAUUCUGGUGUUACUGCUUCUCUUGGGCAUCGGUUUGAUGUGGUGGUUUUGGCCCCUUUGCUGCAAAGUGGUUAUCAAGGACCCACCUCCACCACCUCCUCCUGCGCCAAAAGAGGAGGAAGAAGAACCUCUGCCUACGAAGAAGUGGCCAACUGUGGACGCUUCAUACUAUGGCGGUCGAGGGGUUGGAGGAAUUAAAAGAAUGGAGGUUCGUUGGGGUGAUAAAGGAUCCACUGAGGAAGGUGCAAGGCUAGAGAAAGCAAAAAACGCUGUGGUGACGAUUCCCGAAGAACCAGAGGAGCCCGUCAGGCCCAGACCACCCCGGCCCAAGCCCGCGCACCAGCCCGCGCAGACCAAGUGGUACACGCCCAUCAAGGGUCGUCUGGACGCGCUGUGGGCCCUGCUGCGGCGGCAGUACGACCGGGUGUCCUUGAUGAGACCUCAGGAGGGAGACGAGGGGCGGUGCAUAAACUUCUCCCGAGUUCCAUCUCAGUAAAAAGGAAGCAAGAAUCCGGGAGGUACGAAGACGGCACGUUUUUCACACUGCUGAUUUCCAACCAAAGGAAAAACACAAUCCAGGGCCUUUCAGAAGCUUUCGGAAGAGCAGCUUCAUUCCUCUCAGUCAGGAAAUGUUUUCUGUGCCUUCUGCUUUGCUUGCACCAAAUAUUUUCAAACACUUGUUCUGCCAUGAGAAGUGAUGGAAGUCAGUGGUAACUCACGAUUCAGGACGUUGACGAGAGACUGACAUUGAUCUGCACAUUAUGGGUUACACAAGAAAGUUUGUUUGAAGGUGUAGAAGAGGAAAAAGCAACCAGAGCCAUAACACAGAGAUGAUGCCAAAACAGGGAUCAUGAAACAACUCGCCGUGCUGGGCUUUCCGGGAGACAGGAGUGCUUUUUACAUGGAAACGAGGCACUUGAAUUGUUAUAUGGGAAGAUCUUUAGCCAUAAGCAGAGUAUGAAAUUUCCCACCAGGCUAGGCAAAUAAAAGAGUCUGUUGCCUUAUAGCCAUGUCAGAUCACAAAAUCCUUCCAUGGCCCCUAUCACAGUGUGCCUUACGGGAAGCUUCUGACUGGAAAAUCUUGUCAUUUUAACACUGAAAAGUGCACACGCAUGACAAAAUGUAGACAGGAUGCCUCGAGGUAUUGGAAGCAAGCAAGGUUUUGCCCUUUAGUUUUUGAAGACACCUUUCUUUCAUUAUGCACUUGGGACAAGAAA